AUGGCCUCCAUGACUGCUUCCAGAGUCCACACCACCACAACCCCAGCUCACUCCACUGUCUGGCAGAACAAGCUCAUGAGUGGCCGCACUGCUUGGUCCAGUGUGGUUGAAGUCAACGGUUGCAAGCACCAGGCUCGCUACUGGUACGACGGAGACUGGGUCAACAACGCUCGCGAGGACGCCGCAGAGGUUGCUCUCCAGCGCAUGGGUGUGGUCCCUAUCCCUCGCGGCCCCCAUGCACGUCUCCUUGGAUCUAUCAGCGUGUAA